AUGAACGUGCGAGCGAUGAUGACGACGCUCCUGAUGCGAACGACGACGAUUCAGACGACAACGGUGGGGACGAGGAAAGGAACGAUGACCCCUUCUUGUUCUUCUUCUUUGCGACGAGGAGGCGUUUCUUUUGUUUCUUCUUUGGAUUCUUUCGAGAGUUCCACGGGAAACCGUUGCAGAGGAGGAGGAGGACGACGUAAACGACGAACAGCAUCGUCGUCGUCCAGAAGAAUACCAACGCGAAGAGGAGGAGGAAGAGUGGUUUUGUCGUUUUCGUCGACAGGAAACGAGAAUUCUAUCGAAACGCUCACGAUGACCAAACCGGACGAUUGGCACUUACACGUGCGAGAUGGUGCAAAAAUCGCCUCCGUGGUGCCACACACCGCGAAAACGUUCGAUCGAGCGCUCAUAAUGCCAAACUUGCAACCUCCGAUAAGGACGGCGGAAGAGGCGGAUACGUACCGGAAGUUGAUUUUAGACGCGGCGAAAACGACGAACGCGAAGUUUGAACCGCACAUGACUUUGUAUUUAACGGACGAGACGAGCGAGAGGACGGUGGAAGACGCCGCGAAAUCUGGAUUCGUGAGAGGGUUUAAGUUGUAUCCAGCCGGGGCGACGACGAACUCGAGUUUUGGAGUGACGGACGUGAAGAAAGUGAUGCCGGCGUUGAGGAAAAUGGCCGAAUUAGGGUUGGUUUUGCAAGUACACGGGGAAGUGACGCACCAAUCGGUGGACAUUUUCGAUCGCGAGGAGCGAUACAUCGAGGAAGUUUUGAAGCCGUUGUUAGAAGAGGUGAAAGAUUUACGGGUAGUGAUGGAACACAUAACGACGAAGAACGCGGCGGAUUUUGUGUCCAACUUUCCCGAGAGUGGUAGAUUGGCGGCGACGAUUACGCCGCAGCACGUUUUGUUGAAUCGAAACGCGCUUUUUAAAGGAGGCAUGCGACCGCACGUCUAUUGUUUGCCGAUUUUAAAGCGAGAGGAACAUCGAGAAGCGGUAUUAAACGCCGCGGUAGGACCGAAGAGCGAACGGUUUUUCUUGGGCACGGAUUCUGCACCGCAUCCAAAAGGCGCGAAAGAGAGCGCGUGUGGGUGCGCUGGGGUGUUUAGCGCGCACGCGGCGUUGAGUUUUUACGCCAUGGCGUUUGAUUCGGUCGGGAAGUUGGACAAGUUGGAAGCGUUCGCGAGUCACAACGGCGCGGAUUUCUAUCGAAUGCCGAGGAAUUCUGGGACAAUCACGUUGAAACGAGAAGAGUGGGAGGUACCAGAAACGUACGAGUUCGGUGGAGACGUGGUGGUGCCGUUUUUUGCCGGCGAGAAGAUUCCGUGGUCCACGCUUUGA